AAUCGUUGUGCUUUCUUGGAAAUUUGAUGAAUCAUGAUUUUUUUUUAUUUAUUUUAAGUUUUGAGCUUUCUAUGCUUUCUACGUCCUGUUUAGUUACUGAGAAAAAGGAGUACUAUAUAGAGGAGUGUGUUUGGAAAUGAGUUUUUGGUUGAAUUUGUGUUCAGCUCUACAAUUUCUUGUCAUUGUUUGGUUGGGGUAUCGGAAGGGAAUGACGUUGCAUCUUUAUCCCGUGUUCGGUGCCAGGAAAAACUUGAGAAAAAGAGAAAAAAGGGAAAAGUUCUCAUGUAUAAUUUCAACAGCUUCUGUACUGUCAGAUCUAAAGAAUAGGUCGUGCCUCUGCAGUUUCUUAAUUACAGCAUCUUUGAUUUGUGGUGCUUACUUUGUUGGCAAUGCCCUUGUUGCAAAGGAAUACAAAGACAGAUUAACCAGAUGGGGAGUGAUUCCUGCUAUUCAGAAUAAAUCUAAGACGUGCAAGAAUCAUUGUGGGCCUUCAGGGAGUGAUGCAUUACCUGAAGGAAUUGUUGUCAAAACAUCUAACUUGGAGAUGCGACCAUUGUGGGGUUCUACUCCAGAAAACAACAAUGCAAAGCCUUCUGUUAACUUGUUAGCCAUUGCAGUUGGAAUCAAGCAAAAAGACUUGGUGAAUGAAAUUGUGAAAAAGUUUCCCUCGAGUAAUUUCAUUGUGAUGCUUUUUCAUUAUGAUGGUGUUGUGGAUGAAUGGAGAGAUUUAGAAUGGAGUGAUCGUGCCAUACAUGUGUCUGCAAAGAAUCAGACAAAGUGGUGGUUUGCCAAGCGUUUCUUGCAUCCAGAUAUAGUUGCUGAAUAUGAUUAUCUAUUUCUUUGGGAUGAGGACCUUGGGGUUGAGAAUUUUGACCCAAAACGAUAUUUAUCUAUUGUUCAAGAGGAGGAUCUUGAGAUAUCACAGCCAGCGCUUGAUCCUGUAAAGUCAGAGUUGCAUCAUCCAAUUACUGUACGUAGACGCAAAUCAAGGGUGCACAGACGGUAUUAUAAGUAUAGAGGCAGUGGAAGAUGUGAUGCCCAGAGCACUAAUCCUCCUUGCGUAGGUUGGGUGGAAAUGAUGGCACCUGUGUUCUCAAGGGCGGCUUGGCAAUGUGCAUGGUAUAUGAUCCAGAAUGACUUGAUCCAUGCAUGGGGCCUCGAUAGGGAGCUCGGCUAUUGUGCCCAGGGUGAUCGAACGAAAAAUGUUGGUGUUGUUGAUUCUGAAUACAUAGUUCAUUUGGGUCUUCCCACACUUGGUGGCUCGAAUGGUUACAAGUUGGGCAAUGAUUCCGUGGCUGCUCCUCCAACGGAGAACUUGAGCUCAGAAACACUGGUAUCAUCUGACUCCCACAACAUUGAUCCUAGAUCCCAUGUGAGGUGGCAGUCUUACGUUGAAAUGAAAAUAUUUAAGGAAAGGUGGAGUAAUGCAACAAAGGAGGACAAAUGUUGGGUUGAUCCAUAUGGAAAACCAGUGAACCAAACCAGGAAUUGAUUUAGUGAUCAAACAGAAGUUACCAAUUCUUUGGUUCUUUCUGCAAAAGAUGUGGAUACGGACUAUUGACAAGUAUUUUGGCCUUACAGAGAAGGAAGGAGCUUUGAGUCAUUAAAAAAAAAAAACGAAAAAAAAAAGCGUUUCAUCCAGCUGUUUGACAUUGCCAGCAGGAAUUACCGAUUUCUGCUGUACAGUUUUGUUUGUAUCAUUCAUUUAUACAACACCUCUUGCAGAAUGAGAUAGGGAAGAUCCAUCUGGCAUGGAAUUUUUGCAAUAAUUGUUGAUAGAUUAGUUAAUAUAGACUGUGGCAGCCUUCACAAAAUAACAUUUGUAAAUUAUAUUUUGUGGUCGAAAGCUGUUGUUUGAAAAAAAAAAAAAAAAAAGAUGUAAAUUACUGAGGCAAAAAUGGUCUUUUUAUGUACGGAAUGAACAUGGAUUCUCUCUAUACUUCCCAACUGUAAGAAGAAAUAUCCAAUCCAAUGUUAACUUA